AUGAAUAUAUCUACGUGUCGGUUAGACUCUUGUCCAGUUGUGGACCGAAAACUUAUCGUUCAGAUAGACAACAAAAAUAAUUCUUGUGUCACCGCUGAAAGCUGUCCUCGGAUCGAGGCAUUUCGGUCUCACUGGAAUCAGAUAAAGGCUGCCGUGUCCGCAGAAGGUCUGCUCUGCGAAGAUACAGUUCAUUUGAUAUUUAACCAUGUAGACCAACUGAUUGCGUUGCUUAUAUCCUGCGUAAAGGUUGGGGACGAAGAUGAUGCGCAGGCUCGGUCGGCAUUACGGCAAGUGGUCGGUGAGGAGCGGGUGUUCGACAUUCUGACGACGUGGUGCGUGGCCAAUUCGUCCUCUUGGAAGAACGCCAUCGCUCAACAACUAUUGAAGGUCUACGAGACGUUGGUCAGCCAAUCGGCAGAGUUUGUGAUCUGCUUUCGGCAUGUCUUCUCUUCUUUACCCUAUCUGUGUCAGACGUUGUUGGGCGACGCGACCCUGCCACGUGACACCGAGGAGUGCGUUGUGUUCCUCAUGCAUCAGGUAUGCACAAAAAUGGUAGUCGUGACCGGAGACCAUGGUCCCCCUCCCGAUCGUCAGCACAAUGUAUUUUUUGACCUCGAUCAGGGCUCAUCAAGCGAGCCCUCAAAUUAUAUUAGCAUUCUGAAACUGAUGGUCCCGUUUCUGUUUCGCGAAGAUCGCGUAGGCCAGUUGUCGAGGGACUCGCUGCUCUUCGUCUUGGCUAACUUCAGCAAGAUCGACACAGUGGUGUCGUAUGUCGCCGAUGAAUCCAAUUUCUGCCCGGUAUGA